CGAAGAUGACACUAGUAUCUAUCUUCACGGCCGUUGCGGUCCUGGGGCUGUCUGUCGCUGGCACUCCCACUUUCGACAUUACGACUGACCUCGAUAUGUCGAGUCCAUAUGGUACAACGGGUCAGACCAUUCUUGGCGGAUGGCCUAUUGCCGAAGUCUACCACCUCGACAUCGUGAACCGUAAUAUUACACCCGAUGGCUUCACUCGCCAGGCGGUUCUCGCUGGCGGCACAUUCCCAGGCCCCCUCAUCAAGGGGUUCAAGGGCGACAAUUUCCGAAUUCACGUACACAAUUAUCUGACUAAUUCGACCAUGAACAAGACUACCACGGUGCACUGGCAUGGAAUUGACCAGCAUAGGUCGAAUUGGGCUGACGGCGUGGCGAUGGUCACCCAAUGUCCGAUUUCGUCAGGGCAAUCCUUCCUAUACAACUUCAAUGUUCAUGAACAAACUGGCACAUAUUGGUAUCAUAGUCAUCUCGGUCUGCAGUACUGUGAUGGCCUGAGGGGGCCGCUGGUUCUUUACGACCCUCAUGAUCCCCACGGUCAUCUAUACGACUACGACAAUGAGACCACUGUUAUCACCCUGUCCGAUUGGUAUCAUCUUCCUGCAGCGCAAAUCCAACCCCCUUUCAUCCCCGAUUCUAUCCUCAUCAACGGUCUAGGCCGCAUAGAUAACACUAGCGAUCCAUUGACAGUCCUACACGUGCAGAAGGGGCGCCGAUACCGUUUCCGUCUCAUAUCUAUGGCUUGUGACCCGAACUUCACGUUCUCUAUUGAUAACCACACGGUAACCAUCAUCGAGGCCGAUGGGGAAAACACGCAGGCCUUGCCUGGCAUUGAUUCCAUACAGAUCUGGGCCGCACAGCGGUAUUCGUUUGUGCUGGAGGCCAAUCAGCCUGUCGACAACUACUGGAUUCGCGCCUUGGUCGAAGCCGGUGACACAACCCCUCCGGGUCUGGCAAUCCUACGCUACGAGGGUGCAGACGAAAAGGACCCCGAAACCAACCAGACCACGCCUGUUAACCCGCUUUCCGAAGUCAACUUGCACCCGUUGACAGAUCCUGCGGCGCCGCCAUUCAACCCGGACGACGGAGACAAGGCCAUUGAACUCAACGUGACCUUCAACGACGGCUUGUUCUUUGUCAACAAUGUAUCCUAUGCCUCUCCGCCAGUACCCGUCCUCUUGCAGAUCUUGAAUGGAUCCCGCAAUCCAUUUGAGCUCCUGCCUAAAGGCAGCGUGUAUGGUGUCCCGCCCAACAAGGACGUGGAGAUCUCGAUCCCGGGCGGUGUUCUGGCUCCCAUCACUCACCCGAUACACCUGCACGGGCAUUCGUUUUCCGUCAUCAGGAGCGCUGGUGAAAACAAGACUAAUGUGAUCAAUCCAGUCCGUCGUGAUGUUGUCAACAUUGGGACAACAGGAGACAACGUAACGAUUCGUUUCAGGACGGAUAACGUUGGACCCUGGAUUCUUCACUGUCACAUCGACUUCCAUCUCAACACAGGCUUCGCGAUCGUGAUGGCAGAGGACAUCAAUGGCACUGCAGAGCUAGUCCAUCCCUCUGAAUCCUGGGACUGGCUUUGCCCCAUAUACGAUUCACUUCCGGCAAUCGACCACUGAGCAUCGGUCGCAGUGGCCCUUGGACGUCAUCCGUAAUCGUUCCAAGUUGAUAACAUGUGGCAGCCGUCGCACCGACACUUGCUAGAUCCUCUGCACGCUUCUUGUCAUGGUGGGACUCAACAUUACUGCAUCCUGGUAAAAAGCAUCUUGUAUGGUAAUACUGUGAAUUCAUGGUCCUUAGUCUUAUCGAACUCGAGAAA